AUGAAACGGCAAGUACUGUUGUUAAUCUCCAUCUUCUGCCUGAGUUCUGUGAACGGACAGGUCGGCUACUCAAUUCCAGAGGAAAUGGCAAAAGGCUCUUUGGUCGGUAACAUAGCACAAGAUUUGGGUUUAGAUGUCAAACGUCUUAAGUCAGGUAAAGCUCGCAUUUACACGGGAGACAGUGCUCAGUACAUAGAACUGAACAGAGAAAGAGGAGUCCUCCUUAUUAAAGAAAAAAUAGACCGCGAAGCGCUCUGCAGACAGACAACGCCUUGCGCUUUGCAUUUUCAAAUUACGUUAGAGAACCCAUUAGAAUUGUUCCCAGUUACUGUAGAAAUUACCGAUAUUAAUGACAACGCUCCAGUGUUCCAAAAGGAGGAGAGAAGAUUUGAAAUAAGCGAGUCUGCAGUCAUCGGCUCUAAGUUCUUACUCGAGAAAGCGAUUGACCCUGAUAUCGAACGGAAUGGUCUUCAGAGAUACACUCUAAAGCCGAGUGACAAUUUUGUGCUUAAACUGCAUUCUCAGUCUGAUGGAAGCAAAAAAGUAGAGAUGAUUUUACAAAAACCUUUGGACCGAGAGAAACAAGAACACAUAUCAUUGGUUUUAACAGCGGAGGAUGGAGGAGAACCACAAAUGACAGGGACAAUGCAAAUUCAUGUGACUGUGUUGGAUGCUAACGACAAUGCCCCUGCCUUCAGCAAAUCUGUUUACAAAGCAAGCAUUACAGAAAAUUCCGCAAUAGGAACACUCGUUACUAAGGUCAGCGCUUCUGAUGCAGACAAAGGCUCAAAUGGAGAGGUGACCUACGUCAUCGGGAAUAGCAUGGAUUCUGUUUCGAAGUUAUUUCAUAUUAACAGUCAAGGCGAUGUGGUAUUAGAAGGUCCAAUAGACUAUGAAAGAGAAAAACAUUAUCACAUCGACAUAGAGGCUGUUGAUCAAGGUGGACUCUCAGAUUCGA